AUGGCUCAGGGGUUAAAGCGCGAACUUACUGACCAGAAGAUUCGUGGUUUGAACGAAACCAUGGCAUCUCGACUGAUCCUGGAUAACCUGGCGGAAUCUCAGUCCCCGUCGAGCAGCCUUGGGAAAUGCGCACUCCUGCCCGAUUGCCGAAAACUUGACGUCCGCCACGCGACGGUUCAAAACGCAGAUAUGCCAGUACAUUUAUGCCGCGGCACUGCCGCAUUCAUCUUGAUAGCAGCCUGCAACCAUUUUCUUCCUUCUCUUGACUGUCGUCUCCCGCCCACUCCGGCCUGUAAUUUCAGCUACGAACAAAUUCUCCACCCGAUCCCAACCGAACUUGUCUGUUGCCCGUUGCUGCGCCCAGCUGCAAGCGACGAAGCGAUAUCACUGGGAGUGGUGCCUACCGCCUCCUUGAAGCUUGUUGACGUUGCUCCGAAUUCUGAGGUUCGAUCGCAGUUGCCUGCGUGA